GUCGUUAUUUCCCCUCGGCGAGCGGGAAAACUUUCUCUCCCCCUCGUCUCUCGUCCAGAACAGGGAACCUUGUAAUCGCGUGGUCGAGGAUGCGAAUUAUUCCAAAAACUGAGUAUUCCUAUUUUGCUGUGAGACAACGAUUCUGCUGAGAAUUUUCCAAUUGGGUACGUGCAAUAGGUAACUGAGACGAGAAGAUGUCGAAGGCGAUAGACGAUCUGUUCGAUUGCUUCGAGGAUUCGGGGGACGGCAAGGAGGCCGCAUCCGGUACGGACGAACUAUCAAAAAGGGUAUCUCAGGUUGAUAUCAAAGGUGUGAAGAGGGAUCAUGGAGAGGCGGAGGAGAAGGCAGUCAAGAAGAUUCGCGUCGAGGACGUCGACGUCGAGGACAUUGAUUUUGAUGAAUUCAAGAAUCGAGUUGUGGUUCAUAUAAUUGAGUCACUGGAUUCUUGCACACAUGAAGUGGCAUUUCCACCAGGACAAAUAUACACACCCUUGCAGCCGAGCAGAGGAGAACCAGCGAAGAAGUAUCAAUUUCAAUUGGAUCCUUUCCAGAAGGAAUCGAUCCUCUGUGUAGAUAACAACCAAUCGGUGUUGGUGUCGGCUCACACUUCCGCCGGAAAAACAGUCGUAGCUGAAUAUGCUAUCGCCACCUCCCUGAAGAACAAGCAGCGCGUAAUCUACACGACUCCUAUAAAAGCGCUGUCGAAUCAGAAGUAUCGUGAGUUCUACGAAGAGUUCAAAGAUGUGGGUCUGGUGACCGGAGACGUUACAAUCAAUCCGACAGCGUCGUGCCUUAUUAUGACCACCGAGAUCUUGAGGAACAUGCUGUAUCGAGGCUCGGAGAUCAUGAGGGAAGUCGGUUGGGUCAUCUUCGAUGAAAUCCAUUACAUGCGUGACAAGGAGAGAGGUGUCGUCUGGGAGGAAACGUUGAUCCUGCUCCCACACAACGUGCACUUCGUGUUCUUAUCUGCGACUAUACCGAAUGCCAGACAGUUUGCUGAAUGGGUUUCGCAUCUGCAUCAACAACCUUGUCACGUUGUCUACACAGACUACAGACCGACGCCUCUUCAGCACUUCGUUUUCCCCUGCGGCGGUUCGGGAAUUCACAUGGUCGUAGACGAAAAUGGAGUGUUUAAAGAGGAUAGCUUCAACGCGGCGAUGGCUCUGCUACAAAAUUCUGGCGAUGCUGCAAAGGGAGAUCAAAUCGGAAGGAAAGGUGGCAUAGCUAAUAAAGAUGCCACGCAAACAGAUAUCUUCAAAAUCGUGAAGAUGAUUAUGGAUAGGAAUUUCGCGCCAGUCAUAGUGUUCAGUUUCAGUAAAAAAGAUUGCGAACGUUAUGCUACUCAAAUGACUAAAUUGGAUUUCAACACGACUGCUGAAAAGCAAUUGGUUGAUGAAGUUUUCAGUAACGCCAUGGAUGUUUUGAACGAUGACGACAAACGGUUACCACAAGUUGAAAAUCUUUUACCUUUACUCAGACGAGGAAUUGGUAUACAUCAUGGCGGUUUGUUACCGAUCUUGAAGGAAACCAUUGAAAUCCUUUUCGGCGAAGGCUUGAUUAAAGCUCUUUUCGCAACUGAAACAUUCGCCAUGGGUUUAAACAUGCCUGCUCGCACGGUUCUAUUCACGGGAAUUCGCAAGUACGAUGGAAAAGAUUACCGUUGGGUGUCUUCGGGAGAGUACAUCCAAAUGUCUGGGCGUGCAGGACGUCGUGGGCUUGAUGACAAGGGUAUUGUUAUAAUGAUGGUGGACGAGAAGGUGCCACCAUCAACUGGAAAGGAAAUCGUCAAGGGUCUUCCUGAUGCCAUCAACUCCGCCUUUCAUUUGACCUACAACAUGGUUUUAAAUCUUCUGCGCGUUGAAGAAAUCAAUCCUGAAUAUAUGCUGGAGAGGUCGUUUUACCAAUUUCAAAAUCAAACAUCUAUACCACAGCUCUAUGAAAAUUUUACCAAGUGUUUGAGUGAUUACGAUAACGCGCACGUCGAGAACGAGUCUGAAGUGGAGUCUUACUACAACAUCAGGCAAGAGUUGGAUGCGUUAGGUGUACAAUUUAGAAAGUACAUCACGUCGCCAAAAUAUUUAAUUCCGUUCCUACAGCCAGGACGUUUGAUUAAGAUAAAAUCCGAGAAUGAUGAAUACGAUUGGGGUGCGAUUAUAAACUUUAAAAAAGUGUCCGAGACUGGAGGUAGGAAGAAGGCUAAUCCGGCAGUUGAAGGUACCAAAUUACAAGUUGAUUUAUUGCUUCACGUUGCCUGCGAUGAUAAUAACAAGGACCUUUUCGGCUCUGCCAUACCGAAACCCUGUCCACCGAAUCAGACCGGCGAGACUGAGGUUAUUGCUGUUGCCGCCACUUUAAUAACUCACAUUUCCUCUGUCAGACUUUGCUGCCCCAGCGAUCUGCGCACAAAAGACGCCCGAAAAGGCAUGUACAAAGCUAUAAGAGAGGUGAAGAAAAGGUUCCCUAAAGGACCACCUCUUUUGAAUCCCGUUAAAGACAUGAAGAUCAUGGACAACGAGUUCGGUGAUAUCGUGAAGAAAAUCGAACUGCUUGAGAAAAGAAUGUACGAGCAUUCGCUGCAUAAAAGCACUACGCUCGAAACAGAAUAUCCAAAGUAUGAAAAGAAAAUCGAAUAUCGUGAUGCUCUCAGCGAUGCUAAGCAGAAGCUGCUGAGCGCCAAAUCUGUACUGCAGUUGGAUGAGCUUAAAUGCAGAAAACGUGUUUUGAGACGGUUGGGCUACUGCACUAAUAGCGAUGUCAUCGAGCUUAAAGGACGUGUGGCCUGUGAACUCAGCAGCGCUGAUGAACUUUUGCUUACUGAAAUGAUAUUCAACGGAAUAUUUGGCGCCCUUACUCCACCUCAAAUUUGCUCUAUCUUGAGUUGCUUUGUUUUCGACGAGAAGAGUAAUGAGCCUGCCAAACUUAUUGACGAACUGUCGGGUCCUUUGAGGCAGAUGCAGGAUAUUGCAAGGAGGAUAGCAAAGAUUUCGACCGAAGCUCGAUUGGAGAUAGAUGAAGAGGCUUACGUUGAUAGGUUCAAGCCAUUCUUGAUGGACGUCGUGUACGCGUGGUGCAAUGGUUCGAGUUUCAGCGAUCUGUGCAGAAUGACGGAGAUCUUCGAAGGGUCGAUAAUCCGUUGCAUGCGACGCCUGGAGGAGCUGCUCAGGCAAAUGGUUCAAGCCUCCAAGACGAUUGGCAACACCGAGCUGGAAGACAAGUUCAAUAUGGGUAUCAAAUUGAUCAAAAGGGACAUUAUUUUCGCGUCGAGUCUUUACUUGUAAGAAAACCAUUUUACAGAGCCAUAUUUUGUCCCAACAACCUUUCCCAGAACAGCCCCCGGACCCUACUUUGUUUCGUAGCAUUCUAUUAUUGUUGCCCUUUAGUACCUGUACUUUUCCAUGAACAUUGCCCCCCACCAAACCGCACACCUUUCCCUGCCACAUCCCCCCUCUUCUAGGAUAGCAAAUAUUAGUUUUUACUCUUAUGUAUAUAAUCCGGGUGCAGCAUCGUCAGUGUACAUCCUACAGUUAACGGGAGUAGAUCUCCUCUGUGCUCCUGGUUUUUGGUAUAUAUUU